AUGCCUACUUCCAACAACUCCCUCAAAUUUGUUAUGGACAAGCACUGUGAAAUGGUUAGUCACAGCGGUUCUGCAGACCAAACCCAGUUUUCUGGAAUUGCUUUUGACCCCUUGUGCGAUUUCAACCAAGAGAUUGUUGACGAAAUGCAUGGAGAAGUUGUACUCAGAUCUGUGACAGAUGUCUUUGUCAACCAUGCAGAUAUGGAAUGGACCCGUACCUCGGCCAGAAACCCAGCAGUCACAAACCUCCUCAGUCUCAAAAGUUUCCUGCCAACCAAAGUCAACAAGGCCACAACCAAGACAAUUGUUGCACAGAAGCCGAAGACGAAUCUGCCGGAGAAGGUGAGCAAGCUCUUCUCCUUGGUUUUCUCGGAAAACCAGACUACUCCUGCCACUGCCAGGGAAACGGGGAUCAAUGUCCGGACUGCCCAGAACUAUGUCAGGCUGGCCAGAGAGAAGAUCCAGGCCGAUUUUGAUGCUGCCACAGUGGAGACUGAUGAGUCCAAUGGGCUGGAGACGAUGGAGGUUGAGGAUGUUUCUGCGCCUAAAGAACGAAAACAUGGCAACCAAAAGUUGUUCCAGGCGCACUCUGCUUUUUUUUUGAAGUUUUUCAAAAAUAAACCAGAUGCUACCUUGGAACAAGCAAGGAUAGCUGUCAUGGAAGAGUUCUCUGGGCUGCAGAUUACCAAAUCAGCAAUCCAGAAGCACUUGGUGAAGAAGUGUGCCCUGAUGAUGAAGAAGUUGGAGAAGCUGCCUGAGAAGAGAGACGACGUCAACACAAUUGAGAUGAGACAAGACCGCAUUUUGGAGUGGCAACAACUUGCAGAUUUCAACUAUCUGUCGAACUGUGUGUUCAUCGAUGAAGCAGGCUUCAACAUGCACAUCAAGAGAACUUUUGGCCGUUCCGUCAGUGGCACCCCAGCUAAGACAACUGUCCCGACGCAGAGAGGUGUGUUUAUCACCAUCCUUGGUGCAAUGUGCGAGAGAGGGAUUGUCAGCCUCUCGUUGAAGAAACUCACUGCAGUCGCAACCAAGAAGAAGAGAAAGUUGGACAUCUACACCAGCGUUGAGGUGAAUGGCUGA